AGCAUCAAAGCUCUGCAUCGCGUGCGCCUCGGAGACACACACUCACACCAGCUGCUACGACAUCACCGCCACAGUCUUUCAGUCUCGAGAGGAGAGGAUAGAGGAGAGCGGCGGAAAAUAGCUAUUUUGUGUCUUUUUUUCUGUUCUACGCGCACGCUUAUCACUCACUUUACUCUUGCUUUUCCUUCCCCGAGCAAUUAUAAUAUUCACCGUCUCCCGGGGGAAGACUCCAUAUUCACUUUCAGCAGUAAAAGGAGCUCGCUUUUCUCUUCAUCUGCGGGGUGUCAUUCAGCAGCGGUCCUAGAGGAGUGGCUUUGUGGGAUAUGGCCCAAUAGCAGCAGCCCGUGAUGCCGGACCAUGACAGCGACUCCCUCCUGAGCAGACAGACCAAGAGAAGACGUGUGGACAUUGGUGUGAAGAGGACAGUGGGCAGCACCGCCGCCAACACAGCAGCAGCUACAACCAGCGCCGACAUCGCCUGCGCCAAAGCAGCCAUCUUCAGUGCCAUGAACUCUCUCAAUUCCCACCACCACGGCUCCGACGCAGACUCCACGGACUGCUCCAUGGUGCAGCCUCACGGCCCCACUGGGGUUGUCACAGCAACCGACAGCGACUCCAAGUCCAACGUGCUCCGGAAGCUCCUCAAGAGAGCCAACUCGUACGAAGACGCCAUGAUGCCCUUCCCUGGUGCCACCAUCAUCUCCCAGCUCCUCAAGAGCAACAUGGCCAAGAAUGGAGGAGGAGGAGAGAGAGUGGAGAGAGGAGAGAGAGGGGAGAGGGGGGAGAGAGGAGAGAGAAGAGACGGGGGGUUCCCCGGGUCGGGCCUCUCAAGUGGGGGUUCCGAAGCCCCCCAGGAGGACGCCUGCAGUAACUCGUCUCAGGACAGCCCCCAAGAGUGCCUCUCCCCCUUCGGCCGCCCCUCGGCUCUGGGCGCCUUUGACUUAGAGCGCCUCAACGAUGAGCACCUGCGGGCCAAGCGCGCCCGCGUGGAGAACAUCAUCCGAGGCAUGAGCCACUCGCCCAGCGUGGUGGUGCCCGCACGCCAUCUCGGAGAGCGGGACCGUGAACGGGAACAACGUGAACGGGAGAGGGAGCGAGAGAUGGACGGGGACAGGGAGAUGGAGAUGGACUGCCCCCCACAGCCGCCUAGCCCCAGGGGAGAGGUGUGCAGCCGGGAGAACAAGAGGAAGCAGCGCCUUCCCCAGCAGCAGCAGCAGAGCUUCACCCAGCUGGUGUGCCAGCGUAAAGAGCAAAAGCAGGAGGAGCGCAGGCAGCUGAAGUUGCAGCUGGAGGACAUGCAGAAGCAGCUGCGCCAGCUGCAGGAGAAGUUCUUCCAGAUCUAUGAUUCCACCGACGAUUCUGAGCACGACCUGGCCCACGACCUGGGCAACAUGUCUGAGGACAGCGCCGGGAGGUCCGAUGCCGGGGGAGAUGACCGGGCAGACCGCUCCGACAACGAGAUGUCAGACCUGGACCCAGGACACUUCCUGGACCGGGCCAGGGCAUUGCUCCAGGAGCAGGCCCUGCUGGCGGAGGGUAACAAGCCCAGAAGAGAGGGGCUGGUCCGGGGGAAAGGUCCUGGUCAGGGUCCUUCCUCCUCCAUGCACCAUGCGGAGGGCAAGCAGCUUGCUGAGACGCUGAAACAGGAGCUCAACUCAGCCAUGAACCAGGUGGUGGACACAGUGGUCAAGGUGUUUGCCAAGCCCCCGCGCCCCGCACCCCCCCAGGUCUUCUCGCCCCUCCCCAUGCCCCCAGAGAGGUUCGGGGUCAACGGUGAAGGCCCCAACUUCCACACAGCCAACCAGCGUCUGCAGUGCUUUGGUGACGUUAUCAUUCCCAACCCCCUGGACUCGUUCGGUGGCAUGCCCAUGCCUGGCGCCAACGACCAGACAGAGGCGCUGCCCCUAGUGGUGAGGAAGACUCCAACAGAACACCAUCACCAGUCCUCAGCUGUGGGCGCCCACGGGGGCCACCACCACCCUUCCCUGCACCCCUCCUCCCUCUCUGCCUCCAUGGGAUUCAGCCCCCCGUCUUUCCGCCACCCCUUCCCCCUGCCUCUCAUGGGCUACCCCUUCCCGAGCCCCCUGGGCCCACCCUCUGGGGGAUACCCAGGGAAGGACCGCUCCUCCCCAGACUCCAUGGACCUGUCCAGGGAGACCACCAGCCUGCGCACCAAGAUGUCUUCAGUGCAUCACAUGGGGCACCACCACAGGUCGCUCUCUCCCAGCCACCCCGGGAGCACCGCAGAGGGGCUCUCCCUGUCCCUCAUCAAGUCAGAGUGUGGAGACAUGAGCGACAUGAAUGACAUCUCACCAUACUCAGGCAGCACCAUUCAGGAGGGUCUCUCUCCCAACCAUCUGAAGAAGGCCAAGCUCAUGUUCUUCUACGCCCGCUACCCCAGCUCCAACAUGCUUAAGAUGUUCUUCUCCGACGUCAAGUUUAACCGCUGCAUCACGUCCCAGCUCAUCAAGUGGUUCAGUAACUUCAGAGAGUUCUACUACAUCCAGAUGGAGAAGUUUGCCCGGCAGGCCAUCAACGACGGUGUCACCGGGGUGGAGGAGAUGAGCGUCAGCCGCGACUGCGAGCUCUACCGAGCCCUCAACAUGCACUACAACAAGGCCAACGACUUUGAGGUAGGACCGUUUUUAGUGCGACACCCAUUUACUGCUGUGAGACCAUAGCCUCGCCUGAAUACU